AUGAAUAGAUCAAGUAUUACAUAUAACAAUAAUAAUGAUACUACUAAUAAUAGUAAUGAUCUUAUAUCACCUAAUCCAAAUUAUCAAAAAAUUUAUCAUAAUCAUAUUGAAAAAUUAUAUAAUUCUAAAAAAUUUUUAUCGAAUUCAUUACGUAAUUCACCAACAUUUUCAAUACAAUCAGAACCAUAUUUUAAUCAAUCAAUAAAAAAUAAUAAUCAACAUUUAACAACAACAACAACAACAACAAAAUCAAUAAUCAAUAAUCAAUCAAAUAUUGAUUCAUCAUCAUUAUCAAUGAUAAAUAUUAAAAAAAUAUUAGAAAGAUUAAAAAAUGAAGUUGAUAUAGAACGUAAUAAACGUACAUUAAUGAUUAAACAACAUAAUCAUAAUAUUAAUAAAUUAACAAAACAAUCAAAAAUUGAUCAUUCUAUAUUAUUAUAUGCAUUAAAACAUGCAGAAAAUAAAGCGAAAUUAUAUCGUGAUGAAUAUUAUAAACUUAAAACUAAAGUUCAAACAAAGUAUAGUAAUUCAGAACAAGAGAAUUCCAAGACAAAUAAUACCAUAAAGAAUAAACAAAUAUAUCCAAAUGAAAAAUCAUCUUUGAAAAAUCAAUCUGAUUGGGUAAUUAAUAAAAAUUUCGUUUUCAUUACAAUAGAUUCUAUGUUAUCUUCACUACAGUUGGCAACAAUGUUAUAA